AUGUCGGAACUCUUGGAUGCCUUCGACGAUGCGGGGGUGGACGUGGAGACGAAGCAGUUCCUGAUUGAGGCCUUACACCAUGCGGAGGAGGCGCAAUGGUCCGACGUGCUGGAGCCGUUUGUGAAUGGCAGCUUGGAGGCCUGUUUGGCCGCUCUCACCAAGCCACAAGUCUUGUUGAAGAGUGCCAAGGCGCUGGAGAAAGAGAUGAAGCAAGCAGAGAAGUCGGAGACUUGGGAUGGUUUCGAGAAGAUCUCCCCCAUCGCUUUGGCGUUUUUGCAGCUCCUCCAUCCAGUGCUGGGCGCCUCCGGGUUGCACACCGUGGCCCGCUGUGCCGCGGUGUGCCGCAACGCAAAGGAGGCCGUGCUGAAGGCCGACGUGUGGGACAGCCACGUGCUGCGGGCACGCAGGUGGUGGGCACUGCCACCAGUCCCGCAGCGGCUUCAGCCGAAGCAGCCCAACCCGGCGGGGUGGCGGCCAUUUCUAUCCACGUUGAGACCGCGGUGCGAUGGGAUCUACGUGGGCGAAUGUGGCUUUCAGCGUUGGCUGCGCGUGGGACACCACAGCGACCUCCGGAAGAACAGCGCCCAGCUGGCCGCCUAUGGCGGCCGAGGAGGACAGGCUGAAUGGGUGAGCUAUCGGAGGUACGUGCGGCUGAUGCCUCCAGAUGGGGAGGGCCGACAGUAUGCCAUGGUGCUUCAAGAUCCUUGUCCAAGAGAAGCUGCAGAGCAAGUCUUGGUGGAUGGGGUGGAUUUCACCACCCAUUGCAACCCUGUGAAGUCAGAGGGACUUCCAGACACUCAGGUGGCUCAUGUGUGUGAUGCUGAACGGCUCCGAAAACGUUUGUGCGUGGGUCAGUACAGUUUGGACCUGGAGAACCGCCUCAUUCGCGUGAGCUACACCGCCGUGGACGGCACCUAUCGACUGUGCUUUUCACUGAAGCACUGGAUCUUCUCAGACUGUCUCACUUGGGAGCAAUACGAGAUGGAGAGUCAGACAGGAGAGGUGGUCCCAUUUAAUCUUGGGCGCCUUCCAGAUUGGAAGGGCGGAGGUCUGGAAGAUGAGGGGAAAGAUCAUUUUCCUUCCAUGAAUUUUCGGCCGAAGACUUCUCUUGAGCAUUUGGCCUAA